GCGAAGAACUCCAAGUUACUAUCACUCUCUGCGACCAUUCCAACGGUUCUAGUAGUGGUUCUACGAAGAAGUCGCGCGUUAUCCGUGAUCUACACAAUCGUACCGAGGAGUACCAGUUUUUUUAGCGAGAAAGGAUUGCUAGGUGGAGGAGAAGAUGCGGAUUUUCAUUGCGUUGAUAUCUCUCCUGAUAUGCGGAGACAUAUUCAUCAGCCAAACCGAAGCAAGGAGAGUGCGUAUACAACAGCCCGAUGAAGAAGAAGAACAAGAAACUGUCAGCUACUAUGCGGCCGAACCUCAAGAAGAAAGAGGACAAGUGGUGUUGGUGUCUUCAGCAGAUAGAUACAAUGGUCUGUAUGGUCAGCAAGCUGCUUCUUCAAGAAGCAUCGACAACAACUAUAUUCCAAGGGGAUCUGCACGUGCAAAUGAAGGCAGAACGAAGGCUCGCGAUGAAGUGAAAGCGCCACCUGUGCAAACCAUCAGGAACUAUAAUAAAGUCAACGAUGACGGAUCUUUCACCUUUGGAUAUGAAGCUGCCGAUGGCAGUUUCAAAGAGGAAACUAGAGGCACUGACUGUGUAGUAAGAGGAAAAUAUGGCUACGUAGACCCUGAUGGCAACAAGAGAGAAUUCACCUAUGUAUCAGGAAACCCAUGCGAUCCUAAUGCCCCCAAAGAAGAAGAGGAAGCGGAAAACGAAGCCGACAACGAAAACAUUCCUGCUAAUUAUCCCUCACGUCCUAUCCAACCGCAAUAUCGUAGACCUCCAGUAACAGCUGCACCCAAGCCUGCUGUGACUCUAUUCCAGACUAACUAUGCCCAAGAAGAAGAAGAACCAGAGCCUGAGCAGCUAUUACGAGUGACACCACAACCACAGCCUGUGCGUCGCCCAACAUACAUUUCACGCCCACAAUACGUGCCACAGACAACACCCACAGUAGAAGAGCGCCCAAAUUACCGUCAACAAGUACUUUCUAGCACAACGCCAUCUUCUGUGAUCUACAGAACCAGCGCUCAUCCUAUUAGCAUCACUCCCAGACCAGUAACUACUACCACCAAACGACCGCAACUUCCAGCAACCACUUAUAGACCACAGCUGCUUCAAGUUAGUGUUACGCCAAGACCCAAUUCUCUAUUGUAUUCUAAACAGUUACAAUCCACUUUACAGCCCACUGCCUUCCCUGAAAAGAACGACUUUGAAUCGGAAUUCCACAGGUUCCAACAGGAAAAUAAUAUAGUGUCUCCUACGCCAACACCUUUUACUGUAAAACCGACUACACCUAAGCCUAAACCUGCAGGAAAUCCAGGUCAGGUUUACUCUACUGCCUUAGUUUAUGAUCCUUCCACUGGACAGUACAACAACCAGAUUUACCAAGCACUACCGCAAUCAGAUGGAGACUUCCUAUUGAAGCAAAGAAUACAACCAUACGUUCAAAGACCUCGUCCACAAGUACUGAACAUCCAACAACUUCAGCAGCAAAGUCCACUUUAUUCUCAAAAUCUAAGGCCACAGCCUAUACCACAGGCUGCCUAUCAAGCCCAACAGUCUGAGCUCCAAUUCCAGAACUCUGCGCAACUUUACGCGCAGCAACAGCAUGCCAGAGAGCAGCAGCGAGAGCAGCAAAGACACCAACAACAAGUGAGACCUCAACAGCAACAGGUGUACUACCUUCAGCCCUCUGUGGACCAACAGGGUGGACUAGCGGCCAGUCAGAUCGACGCGUUUCUCAGGGGGCACAAUAUUCAGUUCUAGAAAAGUAACCAAAUCGCAGCUGUGAAUCAAAUAGGGUGGUCGAGAUAUUGCCAGAGGGAAAGCCGAACGAAUGGACUAACAGAACCUACUUACUAGAGCAAACAACAAUAAUAUAAUAAAUUCAAUUUCAAAAUACCUUCCCUGACGAUAAAACUAAUAGAAUUAAAAAGCUUCAUAAUAAUUUAAUUUUUGGCAAUAUAAAAUAUUGUUACACAAUUGUUGCAUAUUACGAGUAUAUUAUUAUAGACUAAUAGGAGACAGGAGAGGGAGGUUAUGUAAGUAUAUAUUCACUUUCAUGCUCCCUCGGUACCUUGACGUUUUUUUUUGUUUUUUGGAGCGUAGCUUCGAUUUUUCAAGAAUACCAGGCUGAAAACCCCGUCAGAUAAUUUGUUAUUAACAAUUUAAUUGUUUAAAGUAUUGCAUCUUCUAAAUUAUUAGACAUAUUUACUUUUACCAAAAUGAAAUUUGUUCCCAUUGAAAAAAUGAACAGUGGCGUUUGGUAAACUUUGAUCCGAUUGUUAAAACGCGUAAAAAACUUCGUGAAACAAAAAUCGCAAAAUAUGCAUUCGAUGGGGGAUUUCCAAAUAUCUCAGCUUUCUUACGUGCGAAUAACUUUCAAGAUCCCCUCAUUUUAAAGGUAAUUGUUUCAGCUUUAAAAAUUACUUUGCAAAAUUAUUUUAUCUCUAGUAGUAAAAAAGUUAUAACAAUUAAACAAUGAAAAUUUUACUAGAAAGUUGCGAAUUAAUUUGUUUAUAAGAGAUUUAAACAAAAUUAAGCUAUAAACUUUGAAAAUCUGGCUAAUUGACGUUAUGGGGUGGCCAAACUCCUUGAGAGUCCGAACCAUUUUUCAAAAUUUGAAAUUUUUCCCGAGCCGCAAUUAAACAAUUAUUUAAAAAGUGUAAAAAAGGUAUUAAAUUUUUCUCUCAGAGUUUGGAUUUCACGAAUUUUAAAGUGACAUAAAAUGUUUCACAUAGUUGUUUCAAAUAUGCAAAUAAUUCUACAAGCAGUUUUUACUAGUUCAGGAUAUUUUGAUUCUUCAUUAUCCUUCACCCGUCUGCGUCUCUCAAAAAGCACUGUCUUUAACACUCUGUAUUCCUCUGAUCUUAUCACAUGACCUGCACAUUUUAUCUUAGCUUUCUUAUAUAUCUGAAUCUGACGAUGUUUUCAGUACCAUACAGUCACCAAUUCAGCUUUGCUGCGCCUUCUUCGCUCACCUGUCAAUUCUCUUUGAGGGCCAAAUAUCAUUCUGAGAACUUUCCUUUCACGUAGGAUGUAGAGUCCAUGUUUCACUUCCGUAUGUAACAAUUGGACGAUCAAUAGACAUAUACAGUCUUAAUUUAGAUUGUCUUUUUAUCAGCUUAGAUCUUAAUAAUCUUUAUCUUUCCCACGCAGCUAUCCUUGCUGAGACCUCUUUUUUUUAUAUGUGGUCAUCAUCUGUGAUUACAGCCCCUAUAUAUUUAAACUCUUACUACUUCAAAGUUGUGGUCAUUAGUUAUGUCUUCUCUUCGUUUAUUCGAAGCCCCAGAGUCCCCAUACUAGUGACUACCCGUUUCUUCCUCGAGUUGUGAAAACACCUCUCCCACGUCUCUUGUAGAAUGAGCGACUGCACCUAUUAGAUCUAGAUCAUCAGCAAAGGCCAACAAUAGUUUUGAUCCUCGAUUCGCAAGGCGCGAAUCCGCGUAUUCGCCUUGUCAGCUCAGAUGAUACUUUACUUAUAUUCUAAGGCCAAAUUGAAUAGCAACGGUGAUAAGGGGUUUCCUUGUCUAUUUCCUGAUGUUGCACUAGUCUUUUAUAUUUUUGUUGUUAGUAAUUUAAGACAUUUUGAAAUACAAAAUUAAAAGUAAUUCGGGUAGAUUUAUUGAGAGCCACAAAUUAUCCUUCAAAGGGCCACAUGUGGCUCGUGAGCCACAGUUUGACCACCCCUAAUUGAACAACUUAAACUUAAGACGAACAUUUUAAGCUUUGGUAAUUGUUUCUGUCAAUUUUUUGCCAUUAAAUAUCUCUAAUAUUUUAGGAGACAUAGACUAGGAGCGGGUAUAGGUGAAAUUUUCAAAUCAUUUUAGACACGAUAAGAGCUUAUAACUUAAAUAGUAGAACCUAAAAUAAAACGUAUGAACACUGUGCCGUCAUUUUUUAGUGGUACACGCGUCGACAGUGGCGCAUCAAACUUUCCACUUAUGGACGGGAUAAAUAAAUUAAAAGCUACCCUCUCUCACUCCCAGAAUUCAAUUAUUUUCAUUUUAUUAAGUUGUAUGUGAUUAAAAAAUAAGACUCAGCGUAAUUGUGACCUACCACCCACUUCCCUCUUCCCCCACCAUUGAAAACCAUAUUUUUCGUUUUUAUUUUUUUUAGAUGGGAUAUAAUCAAUUUUAAAAUUUCAAAAAAUUCACACGCAUGAGGCUUUUACAAAACAUGUCUAUUUUUAUAGAUGUCAUAAAUAGUGUGAUGUUAAUGUAUUUUUGGUCCCAAUUAAUUAAAACUCUAUUGUUUGGAUAACUUUAUAUUUACAUCGUAUAAACGGUGAUUCAACCAUAAUUGUUUACAAAUACAAAUCAUUACCUAUACCACACAUUUGUACAUAUCAAGUAUCUAAUUAUACAAAACAUGACAAUUCAAUGUUACUUGCGGUUAUUGAUACAAGAACAGAUACUACAUGGAUUAAUGACUUUGAAUGAGUUUUAAACAUAUUUUGUACAGGGUGAUAUUAUAAUACCACACCUCCCCGUUUUGUUAAAAUUACAUAUUUUUAAAAUGUGAUGCUCCUCUUUCCCUUUUACAAAAAUGUUUAUGGUUACCUAAUACUAUUUUGAAAAAUUAAAUUUCCUAACUAUGCUAACUAACUGUAACAUGGUACAUUUCAGAUCAAUCAAUUUUUCCCUAAACAUGUAUAUUCUUUUUCCUAUUUUACACAAAAGUUCAUAUUUUCCCUAUACUAAAACUGGUAUUUUAUAACCUAUUACUAGUUCACGUACUUUCACGUCGUGUCUUUUCGUCCUUUUUUUUUUUCGUUCACUAAUUCACUUCAUCAAAACAGUGUCCACAGUGAAUGAAAUUGAUCCUAACUUUUAAAUAGUCUUUUAGUGCCUAUAAGCCGUAACUAAUCUACUUGUAAUAAAAUCUCGACUUUAAUACUUCCUAAGCUAAGCUAAAUAUUACCUAAACUUCUAUUAAAUGGUAAAAAAAGAAUUUAACGUUACUUUACUAUUUCAUCUUAUUAUUUCAGUCUUAUUUUGAUUUAUUUAUAUACGCCUUACUAACUUUAAAAUAUUGUACCUAUAAUAAAAAUGUAAUCUCUCUAAAACUUUUAAUAUGUGUCUCUAAAAAAACUUCUAAUAACUCUCUUGUACCUAUAAUAAAGAUUUAAUCUCUCUAAGAACUUCACUUUUUGUGUCCCUUUGCUUACUAUCUACUAACACUAUUGUAAGAUAUUGUCUAUCCUUAAUUCAAACACUUCCAUUUUCCGCGAAAAUUUAACCUGAAUUCAUUAUAUGCAUUUAAAAAUAAGUUAUUUGUAAUUUACGUUACUUUAGAAAAAAAAUUACAACUUUAAUUCUUAGACAUAAUUCAAUGAUUAGCUACUUAUUUGUUUAGUAUCUUCUUAAUUUUGCUUCUUUUCUUGCAAUUUUUAUGUGUCUUCUUUCAUUUUUCCCACAUAUUUUAAUAAAAAUUCUCUUUUUUCUUUCUUUUCUCCUUGUCUGGUACUACAACUCAUAUAAUUCAUUUUUCUUCAUAUAAUAGCACUUCUGCAGUGUACAUAAUUCAUCUUCAUAUACAUAUUUCAUAUAACAAUCAUCUAUCAUAUAUCUCAUAUAUCAUUUCAUAUAACAUCAUAAUCAUCACUUCAUAUACUAGCUCCGAUACCUUCGUUUUACCUUAAUAAAAGAGGUUUCACUUGGAUGUCUUAGUUCUCCGCCAAUAUUAACCCGAAUUUUCGCCCUGAUCUGUACGCACCAUUGAGGUGGUAUAGUUAACUCAAAACACGAAAUAGGUAUUUUAUGCGGUUCAAAUUCUUCUAAAAAUAUCACAACCUCAAUCCGUUGCUUUGAGGCCGUUGUUUAUUCACGAAUAAUCAUGAAUAAAAUAGGUACCCUUCAAAACACAGAGUGGGUCUCUAAUAAGCGUUCAAGCUUCUAUAAAUCAUUAGUACCUUCCUAAUUCCUUAUCUCGACUCAUCAGGUCGGUUCGUUAAAAGUAUAUUUCUUGCUUACAGCAAUGUUUAUCUUAAGCUCUUAUAUCAACGUAUGUCAUCACUAAUCAUUAUUCAUUAAAAAAAUAUCAUUUAUCACUCAAAAAAAUAUUAAUUCAGGUUCAUAUCAUACAAAAUUUAACACAAAAUCGAUUAAAAUGUAUCUAUAGAAUCAAUAAAUAUCAAUAAUAAAAACAACUGGCUAAUAAAAAUUCAAUAGUAGUAUACAUAUUCGAAAAAAAUUCAAUAAAAAUUCAAAAAUAGCAUAUGCAAAAGUUAGAUAAAAAUAUUCAAAAUCAGUUCAUAUCUCAAAAUUCGAUAGACAUUUUUGAAAAAAAUUCGAUAUUCCAUAAAAUAUUCAAAAAUAACCGUACUAAAGAUCGAAAUCGGAUAGAGAUUUUUCAAAUAAAUUCAAUAAAGAUUCAAAAUUCAAUAAAAAUUUACAAUAGCAUAUAUAAUAAACUUUGAUAAAAAUAUUCAAUUCAAAAAAUCACUUCAUGUUUCAAAAUUCAUAGAUAUUCUUAAAAAAAAAAUCGAUACUUCAUCAACAAAGAUAAAUAUUCAAUGUUCAAUAAUAAUAUAAAAACGAGGGAAGCAUUUUUAAUAAAGAUAGACAUUCUUACUUACAUUUUAUCACUUUGUCUUUGUUCCCUGGGUUCUCUGCAUCUUCGUCCUGGUCCGUCUUCGCCGUCUGUGUUUCCAAUUUUUGUCGCCCAUCUCUGCUCCUUUCAGAAGACCUCCUCUAGUCUGCAGGAUCAGCCAUGUCAUAAAUAGUGUGAUGUUAAUGUAUUUUUGGUCCCAAUUAAUUAAAACUCUAUUGUUUGGAUAACUUUAUAUUUACAUCGUAUAAACGGUGAUUCAACCAUAAUUGCUUACAAAUACAAAUCAUUACCUAUACCACACAUUUGUACAUAUCAAGUAUCUAAUUAUAACAAAACAUGACAAUUCAAUGUUACUUGCGGUUAUUGAUACAAGAACAGAUACUACAUGGAUUAAUGACUUUGAAUGAGUUUUAAACAUAUUUUGUACAGGGUGAUAUUAUAAUACCACAUAGAUCCGUACGUUGAGUGUACAAAACCUUAAAACAAUUUUUUUUGGAAAAAAUCGUAUGACUUUUUUUGGAGAUGGCUGCAAGUCUAAUUUUUUUUAUAUAUUACUAUGUAUUUUACCAAACACAUAUAUUUUUAAUUUUUUCAGAUUUUUCCGUAACGUUCGCCACCUUAAAAAUCCAAAAAACAGUUUUUAGGGGAUUUUUGGGGAUUUUACCUAGUUCAUAGACUUCAAAAUAGAUCAAAACAAUGUUAUUUAUAGGUAAUAUGUAAAUUGAAAUAAUUGAGUUUUUUAGAACAUUUAAAAAUGGGAGAAACACGUGCACAUCCACAACAACCCCUUAAAACAGUUUUUUUGGAUUUUUGAAAAUGGCGAACGUUACGGAAAAAUCUGAAAAAAAUUAAAAAUAUAGUGUUUGAUAAAAUACAUAAUAUAGAAAAAAAUUAGACCUACAGCCAUAUCCAAAAAAAAGUUAUACGAUUUUUUCAAAAAAAAAUAAAGAAUAUUUUGAGGUUAUGUACACUCAACCUAUGAAUCCAUAAAAAUAGACAUGUUUUGUAAAAGCCUCAACUAAGCCUGUGAAUGUUUUGAAAUUUUAAAAUUGAUUGCAUCCCACCCAAAAAAAGAAAAACGAUAAAUGAAGUCUUUCAUGUUGGGGAAGGGGAAGGGGGUGGUGCAUUAAAAUUACGCUGAGUCUUAUUUUUAAUCACAUAUAACUUAAAAAAUGAAAAAAUUAAAUUCUGGGAGUGGCGGAGGGUAGCUUUUAAUAUUUAUCCCGCCCAUUGUCGACGCAUGUCCCGCUAAAAAGUUACGGCACAGUGUGUUCAUACGUUUUCUUUUGGGUUCUACUAUUUAAGUUAUAGGCUCUUAUCGUGCCUAAAAAGAUUAGCAAAUUUCACCUAUACCGGCUCCUAGUCUAAUACGGUCAUUUAACCCUUAUCCGGGCAACACAUUUUACUUACGUAACCGGGCAACUCGGGUCCGUUGGGCCCACCACUGUUCUUUAAAGUACUAUUUAUAUUUACACAUACAGUGCUAGUCAAAAGUCCGUACCCCCCCUUGUAUCUUUUCAACGGAUAUAAAUAUAAUAGUGAAAUUUGGAGGGAGGAAAUAAACGGAUGUAAACUUCUUAACUAGUCAUGACAGGUGACGUAAUGGUGACAGAUGACCUUACAGCGCCACUGUGACAGAUAAUUUUAAAUGGGACCCUAUGGCAAGUGAUACCUCGUUUGAAAGGUAUUGAAAAUACCUAUUCAGUCAUACUAAUAUUGUUUGAAUUUAAGCUAAUUUUGAUGAAUAAAUGAAAUAAAUAUAAAAUUAUAGUUUCGCAUUUAAUUAAUACAAAUCCAAAUUUCCGCCUAUGAUUACUUGUCAAAAAGGUUGACGUUGACGUAAAAACUAUUAGAGAAUUGAAAAACGUCAACUUUUUUGACAAAAAAACCAUAGGCGGACAUUUGAAUUUUUAUCAAUUAAAUGCGAAACUACAAUAUUAUAUUUAUUUAAUUUAUUCACCAAAAUUAAAAAAAAUUAGUAUGAUUGAAUAGGUAUUUUGAAUACCUUUCAAACGAGGCAUCACUUGCCAUAGGGUCCCAUUUAAAAUUAUCGGUCACAGAGGCUCUGUAACGUCAUCUGUCACUAUUACGUCACCUGUCAUGACUAGUUAAGAAGCUUACGUCCGUUUAUUUCCUUCCUCCAACUUUCACUAUUAUAGGUAUAACCGUUCAAAAGAUAAGGGGGGGGGGUACGGACUUUUGACUAGCACUGUAUAUUAUGUCUAAUAUUCAUUUUUGAUUUUUUAUUAAAGUUAAAUUUAAAUUCUCUAGAUUAAAAAAAGGUGCUACUAUAGUACAUAUGCGGUCUACCUCGAGGGUGCGAUCUACCUGAAGGAUUUACACAAAAUAAUGAAAUGCAAAAAAACUUUUGUAGAAAAAAUAUUUAUUGUAUGUAUACACCGUUCUUAGGCGUCAACGCCCUUCGGUAGGGAUCUAUGGAGGAGUAUCACCAAGCCGGAAGCCCUUAUCCCUUCCCGUACCGCUCCUCCAUACGCCGAUCAGACGCCAGUUUAUUCCAGACCAAGCCGUAGACUCUAUUGAGUUUUAUACUACGGCGUUGGCCUUUUAUAAAUUUCAUGACCUAGCUGAGGCUCGAACCAGCGACCGCAAAUCGCAAAUCCACUAAACUUGUCGAUCGACUGAGCCCCAGCUAACUGGACCGUCAAGACCGACUAAAAAAUAUUUAUUUACAAGUAAUAAAGAUUUGGAGCCAAAGAAGAUUUAAUUAAUAAAUAAAUAAAAUCUUUUGUAAAUCUAAUAGGCCAUUUUAUUUGAAAAGAGGGAUUGGUAUUUACGCAUACUCUGGAAAAAGAUUACGGUGUUGUUGCCUUUCAUUAUUGUGUGAAAACCCUUCUGAGGAAAGAGUAUAAACGAGAAAAUAUAGAGGGCCAUAAAACUUACUCCAAAGUAUAUCUACAUUAUAAUUGUUGACACUCAGGUGCCCUGCAGUUAGUAGGAGUCCAAUAAAGGCAUAUAUCUCUGUAGAGUCGCGAUAUGUCCAGUUUUCUAUCCCCAGGACUUUUUCGGCUUCUUUAUUUGUACACUUCACUAUUUCGUUCACAAUUUUUUCGUCCACAAACAAACAAGAGGAAUCAACAGGAUCAUCCACACUUUGACCAGGGGCUAACAUUACUUUGUGCACUUUGCUUUUUAUUAUGUCGCAGGAUCGCAUACGUCUUGUCGGUUGUGGUUGACUCUUCCAGUUAGUUCCAUCCUUAGUUUCAAAAAUUACACACUCUGAAAUCUGGAAACUGGUAGCUACACAUUCUUCUUCAUUAUCACUCAAUACUACUUGCUGAUCAUCCUCUUCACUUGCUUCCGAAAGAUGAUCUUCAAUUUCAGAGUAACUUUCAACGCCAACUACUUCAGGAGAUUCUUCAUCAUCGGAAUCCCAUAAAUUAUUAUCAAUAUCUUGCAGUUCUGCAGCUGAUAAUGGUUUUCGGGACAUUUUAUUCGCACUAUCUACUUUCACUGUAAUUCAAUAUAAUUUUACUGGCUUAGUAGUUGUCGACACUAACAUCGGUAUCAAACGACUGAUAGCAGAUGCCUUAUUUAUUUCAAAAUAUGUAUACGUACCUACCUAAAAAUACUAUUACAUUCCAACAAUCAUUAUCAGUUUUUUAUAAUUCAUUUAGAAUAGAUAUAACACCUAUUGUAAGCAUCUCUUUGAUGUUCACAUCAAAGAGAUUGAUGUUUAAAUUGUUUGUUGCACGGUUAGACUUUAUUAUUGGAUUUCCGGAAUCAUAAAAGUCUUUUACAUAAUCCACAAAAACAUUACCUGACUGCCAGAUUAACUUCUGUAACAAAGAUUUAGACUUUAGGUAUAAAUACAAGUAUUGCCUCUUUACGUGACAAAAUUCUUUCGACGCAAUAAUUUCAAAAAUGAUAAUGAAUAUUUUGAAUAGCUCAUGACUAUGUUAAAGGAAACACACUUCUAAACAAAUUCAGUGAUGCAUAAAAUUCAAUAAAAAUUUUUUUAUCAGUUUAUGAUAAAAGAAUUGGCGUCUCGGGCCCUCCGGACCCACCUUGCCCGGAUAAGGGUUAAACAAUUAAAUUGUUAAUAACAAAUUAUCUGAAGGCUUUUCAGCGUGGUGCCCGCGAAAAAUCGAAUUUAAAAAAAAAUAAAAAGCUUAGGGCCGGUUGUUCGAACGCUAAUCAACAAUGAUCACUAUCAAAUAUUUAAUUACUGUCAAAACUGUCAUUGUCAACUUUGGUUGGGUUGCUAAAAACAUAAUUGAUUACAAUUCUGAGACUAUAAUCAAUUAAUAUAACAAUAAUUAUUAACAUAAUUGAUAAUAAAUCUCAUAAUUUUAAUUAAUUAUGUUUUCAGCAACCCAAACAAAGUUGACAUUGACAGUUUGGUGACAGUAAUUAAAUAUUUGAUAAUGAUAAUUGUUGAUUCGCGUUCGAACAACCGGCCCUUAAGGUACCGAGGCCAAAUAAAAGUACAUAUCAACUCACCCUGGAUCCUAGGCCUAGGGUAAUAUACUAUGGAGAAAUAUUUUCAACCCGUUUUAGAAAAUAACUGAUAGAAGUAUAAUCCACGGUUCUCUUAAUAAUCUCGGUACAUUUUAAAACACAAUUAAUCUCGAUUACUUUAUUAAUAACGAGAAAUCAAAUAUCACACAAGUUUGAAUCGUAACAAAUCGAUUAUUUUAAGCCAUUAAAAUAGUAUUUAUUAGAUUUCGUUCUACCCUUAGUUAUAUUUUUACAUUAUUUUUAUUUUUCCCGCAUAUUUGUUGUGCCUUUUUACUGUUUUAACUACAAUGUUGAGUAUUUGUCGAUAUGGUUUAAAUGACGAAUUUGACAAAAAGAAGCAGAAAUUAUAAUUACUAAGUAUAACUAAAGAAACUUUUUUUUUUAAACCGUUUGAUGACGAUGGUAAUAUGACGUUGACAUAUCACAUGACAAAUUGACAUUAACCUGUGAACUAUUCUGACAUAUUUGACAUGUCAAAUGACGUUUAUCUACAGUUUUCAUCUGAUACUUACCUUUAAUAGAAAUAUACAAACAAAUGGUUCUUGUUGUCAAAUACGUGAUUUUAAUUACUGCUUUUUGUUUUGUUUUUGACAGACUUUAUGUAGAUAGUAAAUAUCCUAAGUUACCUUACGAUGUAGUGGCUUAUUUGUAAUGUAUUUAUAAGUUAUUUUAGUUUAUCAAGGUGUAUAUAUUAUGAACAUGUACGCAUAUACUGUCAUUUUUUGUUAAAAUAAAAUGUAUUUAUAUUUAAAAA